UUGACGUUUGACUUGUCAAACUGGUUUUAACUGACCAAAAUUCAAAUUUUCAACCGUCUGAAAGGUGUACCGGCGAGAAUUUUGUGCUUUAACGUUUUAAUGAGGAAAUUUUGUCUUUUUAUUUGAAAUGAGUGACGAUUUUAAGCGUAAAUUGUCGGAAAUGGAAGAUCUGAGUGAAAACAUCAUCGCCACCAAGCCUUGGGCCCAGCAGCUCCUCGCCAACACCCAGAAGCUCACCAGAAAAGCCGUACUAAACUGGUGCAAUAUAGUAUGCAAGAUCGGCGAGGCCGAACUCGACAUCGACGAGUAUGUCUCCAUCUUCGUCACCCAAGUUCAAAACUUGUAUGAAGAACUCAUAACAGACGUGGACGCAAUUCAAGAAAAGAGCUUGGACAAAAUCGCGAGAUUGCUAGAACAGAUGCAGAAUUUGUGUCGCGACUUGCACAUCGACAUUCCCACCUUUAACUACGAGGAGGUGCCUCUGUGCGAUUUGUACCGACUCGUCCAGCAGAGGGUGCAGGAGUUCGAGGCCUUGGCCGAAAUCCGCAGGAAGGAGUUGAGGGAGUUGCACCAGAAGCAGCUGAAGUUGUGCAAGAACUUGGGCAGGGAGCCGAGAUUGCUGGCCGAGUCGCCGCUGCCGCUGCCGAAGGACGUGGAGGGGCUGAGGGUGUUUGUAGAGACUUUAGAGAAUGACGCAAUCGAACGCGAAGAAAAAUUCUUCCAGUUGAAGGAAGAGAUCCAAGAAAUCGUGAACGAACUCCAAUCCCCUCCGAGCCUCGAUUUCGAGAAGGACAUUUUAAAUCUAACAAAUACGGAGGUGCGCAUUGCAGACACCGAGAUGGAACAACUCGAAUCUUACCAUAAUCGCUUGGUUAAACAACUCACCAACGUGAAGGAAGAAAUCGCCGAACUGAGGAACAAAGUCGACGAUCUGUGGAACAAGCUCGAAACGGACAUCGCCGAAAGAGAUGCCUUCAGACAAAGGAACACCGGCAACUCCCUCGAAACUCUUAACGCUCUGAAGGCCGAAGUGAAGAAACUGGAAGAAAUGAAGAAAGCCAACAUCAAAGUCUUCAUCAUGAAGCAGCGCCAAGAGCUAGCCGACUGGUGGGAAAAAUGCCAUUGCACGGAAAACGAAAAGAGCGAAUUCACAUUCUACUAUUCAGAGUGCUACAACGAGGACUUGUUCGAACUCCACGAAAGGGAGAUCGAGAAGUGGAAGGCGUACUUCGAGGAGAAUAAGGAGAUGUUUGCAUUGCUGUUAGAGUACAAGAACUUGUGGAAUCAUCACUUGGAAUUGGAACUGAACUCGGGAGGCGCCAAUAGGUACAAGAACAGAGGUGGGCAGCUGCUGAUGGAGGAAAAGCUGAGGAACAAGUUCCGGAAAAGAAUCCCGAAGAUCGAGGAGACGUUGACAAAGCUUGCGGAAACAUUCUUCGUGCGGAAGGGGCGGCAUUUCCGUACUUUCGGAAGGACGAUUCAAGAGUAUAUCGGUAAACUCCACGAGGACGAGGACAAGGAAUUUAAACUGAAGCUAAGCGCCAAGAAGCAACAAAGAGAGCAGGCCUCAACUGUGGGCAGGUCCCGCAUGAAUCUCUUCCCCUCCACCGCCAGCGCCCUUAACCCCACGCUAACACCCCGCGCGUGCUCCAAAAGAAAAAUUAUCACCACUCCUUUCACCGAACCCUUCAAAAAACUCAAAACCGGAAGUACGAAUAAGGUCUCAAAGACCGGACUUCCCAAGUUGAACGUUUCGAGAAACAAACGGAGAUCUGCGAGGAGGGAGAAGCUGAGGCACAGGCUCUCUUUUAAGUCGAGUAAGAGUUCGAAUAAGGAGAACCACAACGAGACGGCCUCCACAAGUUACCACGACUUUGAGAAAGAGGUCUCGACGAAGAAUAAUUGUCGAAGUACGGCAUUCGUUCUGAAAGAGACGGAAGCGCUGCCUUUUACUCCUGUGAAAGGGGAGAAUUUUUUGACGCCAGGAGUGGCUUUUCUUCAAAAGACGCCGCGCCCAAAACGAGUCGUCAAGUAAGGAAGAGCUGCUUUAAAUUUGUGUGUUUUAAAGUUUUAUUAAUUUUAAUUUUUUAUUAUUAAAGAGAAUUGUACUUAAUUGCGUCCCGUUUUUUAGUUGAGUUGAAGGUGCUCUCUGUGUUUAACAUGUGUAUUCAUAGUUUAUAAAGUGUACAAAAUAUAUUAUUUAACAUG